UACUUCAAAUCGCUCAAGAUCACUUCUGAUCAAAUUAGGAAGUUGAACCUGAAGGAUGGACUGAACGAUGCGGUGUUCUCGAUAACCACAAAGUACCAGGGUACCACCAAAUGCACCUGCUCCAUCUUCCUUUGGGAUUGGAAUGAUAAGAUAGUUGUCUCAGAUAUUGACGGAACGAUCACCAAGUCUCUGGUUUUGCCAAUCAUAAGCAACCUCUUACCGACAGUCGCCACUGAUUGGUCGCAGGUAGGAAUUGCCAAUCUCUACACCUUGAUCCACCAAAACGGGUACAAGUUCAUGUACCUGUCGGCUCGGGCCAUAGGGCAGUCCCAUUACACAAGAGAAUAUUUGAAGGGUGUCCGACAGGGAGAUUACAAUCUGCCCGUAGGGCCCCUCCUCUUGUCACCGUCAUCACUUAGGAGUGCUUUUCAUAAAGAGGUAAUAGAACGCAAACCAGAGGAGUUCAAGAUCCACUGCCUGAGGAACAUCAGACAGCUCUUCCCACAGACUUCCACCAAUCCAUUCACGGCCGGUUUCGGAAACCGGAUCAAUGACGUGUGGGCUUACACGACGAUCGGGGUGCCA